UGCUACUUCUUUCUCAGUGGAUCUCGGAAACAGAGAAUUUGUUCAAAGCUCGAUCAGCUCCACUUCAAAAUUUCAAAACUCAAAACUCUCCUCUCUUGGCCUAAAUCACACUAUUCUGUCUGCGUAUGAAACAAAGAUUUUAGCAGCAAUUCAAGACAAUGAGAGAAGAACACACUACGGAGUACAAAGCAAAACCAUCGAAAUUCGCCGAUCAAAAUCAGGCACCCAAAUGCAACAACAACAACAACUCUUCAAAAGAAUCGAAGCCGCGGUCCUCUUGGGGAUCAAACAUUGUGAGAGGCUUCUCUGCAGACAAGAAAACGACCACAAUUACAAGGAAGAAGCUGCCUCUUUCGGGUUCGGAUGUGGCUAAUCCGAAGCAGAGGAACCCGUCUGCGGUUUCCCAAUCUCGUGUCAAGCGGUCACUCGUUGGUGACUUAUCUUGCUCAGUCACUUCAACACAAGUCCACCCACAAGGGUUUCACAGCAAUAAUCGGAGACAGAGUUCAGGAACCCGUGAUUUGUUUGUAGAGUUAGACCAGCUUAGGAGCCUGCUUCAGGAGUCGAAAGAGAGGGAGUUUAAGCUGCAAGCAGAGUUUUCUGGUUGUACAAGGAAUCUUGAGAGGGAGCUUGAAGAUAAGAAAACAGAGAUUGAUGGCCUGGUUAAGAAACUUGGGGUGUUGGAAUCUGAGAAGACGAGCCUGUGUGAGCAACUGUCGGAAUUAGCAACAAUUUCAGAGAAGAACGAAGAUGUUGGAGUGCCAUCUUCGUCGAGGGAUCUUGAGAUGGAAGUCGUGGAGUUGAGGAGGUUGAACAAGGAGCUACAGAUGCAGAGGAGGGAUCUAGCUUGCAGGCUUUCUUCAAUGGAGUCUCAAGUGGCUUCUCUUGCAAAGGCUUCUGAGAGUGAGAUUGUGGCAAAGAUUAAAGCUGAGGCAUCCUUACUUCGGGACACAAACAAGGACUUAUGUAAACAAGUUGAAGGUCUACAGAUGAACCGGAUGAAUGAGGUUGAGGAACUUGCCUACCUUAGGUGGGUAAAUUCAUGUUUAAGACACGAGUUGAGCAAUUCAAGUUCAACAACAAAUCCUGACGUGAUCAGCAGUCCCCGUGCAGUCGAGAGGAGUGUCGAGUCUAUUAGCUCAUCCUCUUGCCCAAGUAAAGACUACUUAGAAUGUGGUAGUGCAAAGCGAAUGUAUAUGAUAAAGAAGUUAAAAAAAUGGCCCAUUACAGAUGAGCAUUUGACAAAUUCAGAAUGCUCAGACAAAAUAAUAGAUGAAACAUGGCGCUAUUCAGAAGAAGGGAGAAGUCCCAGAAGGAGACAUUCAAUAAGUGCAUCCAAAUGUAGGAUUGAAGAGUUGGCACUCUACAAAAGAAGGCAAUCAGAUGGUUUUGUGUGUGCAAGGGAUAUGGAGAAUGAAGUAGAGCCUAUGAGUUCUUCAAAAUAUGAGUUGGGUACUGCUCAAAGGAAUGAGUUUUUUGUAGACUUCCAUGAAAUGAAUAAAAUCCCUUCAUCUCCAGAAGUCGAGAGAAGGGCCUUGCGUGUUCCGAAUCCUCCUCCAAGACCCUCAUGCUCUAUUUCUGCGGAACCUAAAGAUGAUGUUUUAAGUCAAGUUCCACCCCCACCACCCCCUCCACCUCCCCCACCAGUUCCUCCGAAGUUCUCAAUCAGAAGCACAACAGGAAAGGUGCAGCGAGCACCACAAGUGGUUGAGUUCUACCAUUCACUUAUGAAGAGGGACUCCAGAAAGGAGGCUUCCAGUGGAGCAGUUUGUGAUGCAUCUGAUGUUGCAAAUGUCCGUAGCAGCAUGAUUGGGGAAAUUGAAAACCGAUCAUCACAUUUACUAGCUAUAAAGGCAGAUGUUGAAACUCAAGGAGAAUUUGUGAAGUCAUUGAUAAGGGAGGUGAAUAAUGCUGUUUAUCAGAACAUUGAAGAAGUCGUGGCAUUCGUGAAGUGGCUUGAUGAUGAACUUUGCUUUCUUGUGGAUGAAAGAGCAGUUCUAAAGCACUUUGAAUGGCCAGAAAAGAAAGCUGACACAUUGCGAGAGGCAGCAUUUGCAUAUAGCGAUCUCAAAAAGUUGGAGUCUGAAGUUUCUUGUUACAAGGAUGAUCCUAGAAUGCCUUGUGACAUUGCAUUGAAGAAAAUGGUUUCCUUGUCUGAAAAGAUGGAACGGACUGUUUAUAAUCUUCUCCGAACAAGAGAGUCCUUGAUGCGCAAUUGCAAGGAAUUUCAGAUUCCCACAGAUUGGAUGCUUGAUAAUGGAAUCACAAACAAGAUCAAGUUUGGCUCAGUCAAGUUGGCAAAGAAGUAUGUGAAGAGGGUAGCAACUGAAAUUCAGUCAAAGGCAGCAUUGGAGAAAGAUCCUGCAUUGGACUAUAUGCUUCUUCAAGGAGUUAGAUUUGCUUUCAGAAUUCAUCAGUUUGCAGGAGGGUUUGAUUCGGAAACAAUGCACGCCUUUGAAGAACUCAGGAAUCUUGCUCAUCUUCUUAACAAAAAGUGAUCAAGAACAUAUCAUUCAUAUUAUGAGCAGCAAUGGCUUACAAUCUCAUUAAGCCUUAUAUAACAAAGAACAUGCAUUUUGUCCAAGAGUGGUUUUGGUUUGAUUUGCCCUAUUCCUCUACUGUUGAAAAGGCUGUGUGACAAACAUAGGAAGGAUUUUGUUUUGGGAUUUUGAUAUCUCUGAGGAUAAAAUGUAAAGAACUUAAUGAAAAAUCUGCUAUAUAUACACAUUGUGUGGGGUUUGUUUUAACA